AUGGCACCGGUAGUGGACCCUUGUUCGUUCUCUUCUUUCGAUAAGUGCGUGACCAAGCACCUGAACCUGACCUACUAUGUGGACUUUGAUAGCCAUGUCCUCAAAGGAAAAGUCGCAUUGACUGUAGAAAUCUUGCAGGACACGUUUUCUUCUCUGACUCUUGAUACGAAAGACCUGAAGAUCUUGAAGGUGACAGCCAAUGGUCAGGUUGCCAAAUUUGCAUUUGGACCCAAACACAGCUUUAAUGGGACACCCUUGGAAAUCUCCCUGCCUUUUGAACUCUCACGGGGUCAACAUGUGAUUGUGGAGAUUGAGUAUGAGACCUCUCCAACUGCUGUUGCUUUGCAGUGGCUGACUCCUGCGCAGACUGCAGGGAAGACACAUCCAUAUCUCUUCAGCCAGUGCCAGGCCACUCACUGCCGGACCAUGAUCCCCUGUCAGGACACCCCAUCAGUGAAACACACUUAUUAUGCCCAGGUGUCCGUCCCCAAGGAGCUGGUGGCGUUGAUGAGCGCUAUGCGUGAUGGACAGGAGCCCGAUCCUCAGGACAGCGGGAGGAUCAUAUACCGCUUCAGACAACCAGUACCCAUGCCUUCCUACCUCAUUGCCAUUGUGGUUGGAGCAGUGGAAAGCAGGGAAAUUGGACCCAGGACCAGAGUCUGGUCUGAGAAAGAGUAUGUGGACCAGGCUGCAUUUGAGUUCUCCGAGACAGAGACCAUGUUGAAGACUGCGGAGUCCCUGGCAGGGCCAUAUGUUUGGGGGCAGUAUGACAUCCUUGUUCUCCCGCCCUCUUUCCCGUAUGGGGGUAUGGAAAACCCCUGCCUCACAUUUGCCACCCCCACUUUACUGGCUGGAGACAGAUCCCUUGCCAAUGUUAUUGCUCACGAGAUUUCUCACAGCUGGACUGGUAACCUGGUUACCAAUAAGACCUGGGAGCAUUUCUGGCUCAACGAGGGACAUACGGUGUAUCUGGAACGGAUGAUUGGCAGGUGCAUGGAGAGUGAACAGUUCAGACAGUUUAAAGCCAUCGGAGGCUGGAAGGAACUGCAGGAGUCUGUAAAUACCUUUGGGGCGAAUAAUCCUCUCACUAACCUGGUGCCAAACCUGCAUGAGGUUGACACUGAUGAGGCUUUCUCCUCUGUGCCCUAUGAGAAAGGCUUCGCUCUGCUUUACCAUCUAGAGGAGCUGAUGGGUGGCCCAGAGGUGUUUAUGGGUUUUGUGAAAUCAUACAUCCAACUGUUCGCCUACAGUAGUGUGACCACAGAGGAGUGGAAGAACUACCUGUUUACCUACUUCAAAGACAAAGUGGACAUUCUGAAUAAAGUGGAUUGGAAUGGCUGGAUGCACACUCCAGGAAUGCCUCCAGUCAAACCCCAGUAUGACACCAGUAUGGCUGAUGCUUGCACUGCAUUGUGCCAGAGAUGGUUGAAGGCUAAAGAGGGGGAUCUGGCUAGCUUCACACAGGCAGAUGUGAAGCAACUUUCUUCUCAUCAGAUCAUUGAGUUUCUGGCUCUUCUGCUGCAGGAGGAGCCCAUCCCCCUUUCCCAUGCGAAGAGGAUGGAGGAGGUGUAUAGUCUCAACAGCAUUAAAAAUGCUGAGAUUCGCGCCAGGUGGCUCCGUGUCUGUGUCAGGGCCAAGUGGGAAGAAUCAGUUCCAUUGGCUCUGAAGAUGGCCACAGAACAGGGGAGGAUGAAGUUCACACGUCCGCUCUUCAGGGAAGUGUACAACUUUGACAAGUUCCGAGAUGAGGCAGUCAAGACCUUCAUCGCACAUCGUGCAGAAAUGCACCCAGUCACAGCAAACCUUGUAGCCAAGGACCUAAAGGUCGACCAGAGUCAAAAAACGGGUUUCUAACCCUAAUGUUUCACCUCAGCUUUACACUCUCAGCCCAGGCUCUGUUUCAGGGCUCUGUCAGUGAUUUUGCCUCUCGUAUGUAUUAUCAACCCCAGCAGCAGUGUUUAUAUUCAAUCAACCCAGAUAAAAGUCAGUAUAUUAAAUCAGGUUUAGCUUGAGUAAUCUCUGUGGUAUUGUAUAACACUUUCUUGUCUGAUGAUGUGAACGUUUUGUGCUUUUGAAUGGACGUCUCUGCCUGAAGGCAAGAGAACAAACCAAAAUGUCACCAUCACAACACCACACAUCUUUCAUCACUCUUUUUUCUUCUGCCGCUAAACAUGGAAUCUUCCUCCUUUUGCGCAACGACGGUUCCUCUUUCUGUGAUCUUUUUAUGAUCGCGGCUUCAAGGGCUCCUCAAAUAAAAAUCUUACUAAGACAGGUCCUCUCA